AUGGAUCCGCCCGCAGCAGACGCCGAAUCUACCAAGUCCAAGAACAGACCACAGCAGUCAUGCAUAAAAUGCCGCGAACGCAAGGUCAAAUGCGAUCGCGCAAAACCAUGUCGCUCGUGCGUGGUGCGCGGCUGGCAGGAUGAGUGCGAGUAUGUGCGCACGAAUGAAGACCGCGAGCAGAUCAACCAAGCAGACGAGAUUGAUUCGCUGCGGAAGGAGUUGAAUAGGCUGAAGAGAAGAUGGGAUGACGUCCAGCAGUCAUCGUCGUCAACGAGGACGAGCAGUACCAGUAGUCCAACUGAUGCAGCAGCUAUAGCUAUGGCGCCUCAUGCGCAGGGUGAUGAACAUGCAUGGCCGCGGAAAGCGCAGAAGAGACCUGGAGCUGAUGCUGCUCUCUUUUUCGGGGCGCAGAGUCAACAGGCUAGGUUUGUUGCUGAUGCUGGGUCCUAUCAGAAUGCUGGCCUGCAUCAUACAGCAGCUUUCGAGUAUGCCCAAGGCCAGCCAACCGGAAGCAGUAUGCUUCAACAUCCUCCCUUGACGAGGCCGGGCUCUGGUGAGAGUUUCUCUGGCCAAGUACCAGGAUAUGACUUUGGUUCACCCUAUUCCUGGGGAUUCAACGGCGUACCUGCAGACGCCCCCGUUCUAUACACUCAACAAGACCACAAUAAUACAUCACCACCAUCCCGGAACAAUUCCACAGCCUUUGCAGAGAAUGCGAUGCACCAACUGCAGCAACACCCGCAUGCCAACUUCUGGCGCGGCAAGGGCGUCUUGAUGCAAAAUAUCUACAAAAUCAUCCGCGACUGUGACGAGGCCUGGGUUCCGUCUAUUAUUGGUAUUGUGCGUGGUAGCCAGUCACCCGAAGACGCGAUCCGGUCUAUUCAUAGACUCAUGAGCACUUCUAGGUCGCCUACAGGGUCGUCGGCGUCGGCUAUAUCGAACCAGUCUUCUCCAGAGGGGUGGGCUGGUUAUCAAAUGAAUUGA